AUUAAACAGAUAAAAAGACUUUAAACUAAUAAACCAAACAGCGAAACGUUUUUUUAAUAAAAAUAAUUAAAUAAAUAAUUAAUUUAGUAGCAAAGAGUAAUGAGAUAAAAAAAAAUAAUGCAGCAGAGGAUAAUUAUUGUAGAUAUGAGUCUGUGAUGGCGUCCUAGAAGACGUCGAUCAGCUAUUUUUGUACUCUCAUUUAGUGACGUCAUACUCCGAAAAUAUAAAGUUUUUGGCCGCAACAGAGGGAGGAGGUAGCAGUCACGGCCCUGGCGAAUGGUCCAGGUCUAAAUCUUUCCUGACUUGAGAAAACUAAUAUUUUCCAAGCAAACUAACGAAAUAAUAAACUCAGUGUGGUCAAGCUUACCAGUGCGCUAACCCGUGUUUUGAGCAAUCAAGAGUAUAAGCUUCUGUAUUAUCUCUUUCUUCAUUAAAAAAAAAAAUUACAAUAUUGUUAUAAAUUAUUAAUAAUUAUUUUAAAUCUGAUAAACUUUUUUUUUUGAUAAACAUGAUCCGAGAAGUUGUUGAGUAAACACUAAAAUAAAUUUUUAAAAAUAUAAAAUAUAUAAGUAAUUUCGUUGUAUAUUUAUACCUUUAGUGACUUCAAGGGUCUUCUUUUUAACAUAGUUAUUAUUAUUGUUUUCAUUUGAUUUAAAAGAAUUGAUCACGAUUAUUUGAUUAACGGAAGGUGAUAUUUAAAGAAUAAAAAUAAAAAAUAAGGGCAAAAAGCCACGAGUGAGAAAACUAUGCCGGGUGCGGGAGGUCAGCAACCUCAGAGAACAACAUUUAGACCGCCGUGGGUCAAGGAUGGACCAAAUCCACUACCAAUGCCCACAGCACCCUGGUCACUUAAUGCUAGAAGAGAAUCGAAGACAAGUAAUGAAGAUGCACCGGCAUUUACUAAAGUCACGUUAAAAAGUGUAGCGAAACCAGCAGACGCUGUGGCACCACAAAAACAACCGGCUGAAGCUCCAAUUAAAAAGCAAAGUAAAAUAACUAUCGUGCCAACGCAACCUAAAAGCGAUAAGAAUGCAACUACUAAACUAGCAACAUCAAACGUCAAACAGAGUGAGAAUGAAAGAAGUAAAACAUCAACAGCUCCUAAACUCGGACAGCAGAAUGAAUCGCGUACGGAGACACCGUCUUCAAGACCUCAACUUGAACGGCAGAUUCGCGUUGAAAAAUCUCAAUCGCGUACCGAUAACAAAGUUCCUCUUUCAAAAAGUGAAAGUUCAACUGGUGCACCGACAUUAUCAAAAAGUUCAUCAAGAGCUGCAAUACCACCGCCACCACCACCUAGACCACCACCACCUCCUCCAGCCCGUAAAAUAUUGAAAGAUUUACCAGAGCUUACGGAAUCGCAACAAGAAAAAUUGGAAAUGCUUAAAUCGAGGCCAAGAAAACGUCCGGAUUGGGCAUGUAUGAUGAAAGAAGUUGAAAGUGGUAAAAAGCUCAAGCAUGUUAAAUGUAAUGAUAGAAGUGCUCCAAUAAUUGAGAGGGUUAGCAGAGUUACAGAAGAUCCAACAGGAAACGCACACUUUGUUUUUGAAUCAGAAACAUCUAAUAUGCAUAACAAAUUGCUCAAGCAAAUCGUCAGUGGAGUUAAAUUGAAGAGUGUUAAGACAAAUGAUCGAUCCAAACCAAUAUUAGAAGGACUGAGGAAAUUCAGACGGCAAUUGACAAUAGAGGAACAGAUGCACAAAUCUGAUACCGCACUUGUUAAUGAUGCUGUUCCGGACGAAAUGGAUGAUAUUGACGCAGUAAGAGAUGACUUGCAAAGCACUAAACAGAUGCUUGCCUUGGAGCUGAGAAAUAAAGAGGCAUUGGAAAGAGAUAACAAGAGGCUACAGGCAAGAAUUUUAAAUUUAGAAGCAGACAACGAAAGAUUGAAAAUGCAACAGAAUGUUACAGAAUAUAAAAAACAAGAUGAAAAAAUAUUAGAAUCUUUGAGAAAUGAAGUAGAUCACGCAAGAAAAGAUGUUGAAAAAAUAGAAAAAGAAUUUGCAGUGGUUGCAGAAGAAAGAGAUAAAACAAAACUUGAAUUAGAAGAUAUGAAGAGAAUGUAUGCUGCAUUAGAAAAACGUAUGAAAGCUGGAAUGGCAUUAGCUGGAUGUCCAAGUGCUAAAGAUGUAGCAAAAAUAGCUUCACAAAAAAGUGUUGAAAAAGCUGAUAAAAGUCCAAGUGAAUCAGAAGAAGAAGAAGAGGAAGAAACAAGUGAAGAAGAAGAUGAAGAUGAAGAUCCUGAAGCUGCUGCAGAACGCAGAAUGCAAAGAGAAAUUAAAUUAUUGGCAACUAAAAUUAAAAAUUUCAAAGACAAAGAAGAUAAUUCAAAAAAAGAAAGACAUGCAUUAAAAGAACAAAUAAAACAACAGCAAAAAUUAUUGAAAGAAGAAAAGAAAAAAUAUAAAUCACUUCAAAAAGAAGUUGAUAAAAUGGCUAAAUUGAUGGCUGACACAGACGAAGAAGAUGGAGAUGAAGAAGAAGAAGAAGAAGAAGAGGUAGAAGAAGAAAGUGAAUCUGAAGAAGAAUCUGAGUCUGAAGAGUCCGAAGAUGAGGAAUCAGAAAUUGAUGACGAAUCCGCUGAUUCAGAAGAUCGAAAAGCUAAAUUACAGGAAAUUGCAAAGAAACAUGAAGGACGUUUGGCUUCAUUGAAGAAAGGAAACUACUUAUUAAAAGCUCAAGUUGACAGAUUGAAGGAUGAUUUAGCUAAGCAACGAGAGGACAGUUUAUCACUACAAGAAGAUCUUGAUUCCGUCCUUGCUGAAUUAGGUUAAUUUGUUUAUUAAUUAAAUAAUUUAUUAGAAAUUAUUAAAAGCAAAUAUAAUCAUACUCUACAUUAUUAUAAUAAUAACAACUAAAAUAUUUAUAAUUAUUUAAAGUACACAUACACAUGCACACAUUUAUAAAUUAUAUAUACGAUA